AUGCUGCUGGAACCCAGUGAAAGAAGAAGCAGCCAGGAGGAGAGGCUUCAACCCUUCGUGCAAGGCAGGCCCAUGCUGCUCUGGACAGCUGUGCUGCUCUUUGGUAAGUCACCAAGCAUGGGUAACCCCUCCUGGGGCACUCAGGACCGCAAGUCAUUCCAGAAACACAAAGUUCCUGAUCUGACCUUUCCCAAUUCAACUCUCCCCUGGUGGACAGGGAUGGAGCUCCUAUCAGAGGUGAAGGCUGCAGAAAGUGUCAUGCUGAGGUCACCAGAGGAUAAGAAGCCAACCUCAGCUGGGCCUUUCCCACCUCCCGUGCUGAGCACUGUCUCCUCUCCUGGGCCCUGUGAGGAGAGCCUGGGAUGUCAGACAAAGCUGUACCCCCAGAGGGCAGCCUCGCAGCUCCUUUUCUCCUUCCGCAAGGAUGGCUGCACCUUGCAGGACAGGAGCUUCCACCCAGAACUCUGCAUCCUGGAAGUCAAGGAGGGACAUUCUGGGCUGUACUGGUGUGAGGCGGCCCCUGAGGGUGGCCGGGUCCAGAAACAGCCUGUCUGUCCCCACUGUCCCUCCUGCCCUCUGAGGGAUGCUCAGUGGAUUGUGCCUUUGUAUCUCUUGUGGCCCCUUCCAUCCCAGAUUCCAGCCCCAGCUCCAGGUAGAGAACAGUGCACACUGUAUGCCAAUGUGCAUCACCAGAAAGAGAAUGAUGAAGAUGUUAUCUACUCUGUGAUGUGUAGAACCUCAAAGAAGAAUGAAGAGUCUAAGUCUAAACAGGACAGUCCCAGCUUUAAGAUGGAGUCAAGAAGACCCUGA